CGGGUGAGCAGGAGCGUAUGUGUGAAUGUGCUUCUAGACAGUAUGGCUGCCGUUACCAACAGUGUCGGGGUUUGUCCUCACUUUCAACGGGGUAGACAGUAAUCUGCAGCGGACAGAAUCGUCCACAGCCCCGAGGGACACAGCCCAGCGACAAGACAGCAGAUGGCUUAACCAACAGGUUAUUCCCAUAUAGCUGCGAGCUGGUAUACAGCAGCGAGGGGAGGAGAGGAGCUUCUUGUGUGGAAAUUUCCGUGUAUGGUUUUUAAAAAAAGGAGGGGUUUUGUUUUGAUUUGCUGUUCAGAAAGUUCACGCCGCCGCCGCCGCUGUCUGACAGCAACCUCAUUUACUACCUCUAAAACGGGGGGUAGGAUUUGAACCGGGCCCCUGGUUGCUGGGACGUGGAUCUGCUGUUUGAAUAUGUAUAUAUGAAGUUGAAGAUGCGUUACGGAUGCGAAGACUCGAGGCUGUGCGAUUGUUGCUCUGGUAAAUAUUUGUACCAAGACUGAAGAGGAAGAAUGCCGAUUUGUCUGUAACAGACGAAUGUGCUGAAACAGAUUACCCGCAGGUUUACAGCGCGGGGAGCGCUACAUUAAACCGAAAGAGUCUCACUUUUUAACUAUUUUUUUUUUUUUUUUCCAAGAAGAAAACUGAACAAAAGAACACGUUGUUUUGGAUUAAUGUGGGCUUGGAAUUCUGGCCUAAAUAAAAGUAAGCCGAAGAGAGAGACAUGCUCGUUCAUGAACGUGCUUGAUCAGUAAGCCACUGUUGAGCUGGGCCGAUUCUGGUAUGAUAAGGUGUUUUUAUUCACCGUGCAUAUAGUUUUUGGAGGUAGUCGUAGUAAAGUCUGCCAACCUGGAUCAAGAAACGUUAACUUUUGUCCCUGGUUGGAGCGACGCCCCCCAGCUGUCAUCGAUGCCUUCUGCAUUGGCAGUCUUUACCUGUCGGCCGAAUUCACAUCCCUUUCAGGAGCGCCAUGUGUACCUGGACGAGCCGGUCAAGAUCGGGCGCUCGGUGGCUCGCUGCCGGCCAGCUCAAAACAACGCGACGUUUGACUGCAAAGUGCUGUCCCGGAACCACGCUCUUAUCUGGUUCGAUCACAAGACGGGCAAGUUCUAUCUCCAGGACACGAAGAGCAGCAAUGGAACCUUCAUCAACAGCCAGCGCCUGAGCCGCGGCUCGGAGGAGAGCCCUCCAUGUGAGAUUCUGUCUGGUGACAUCAUCCAGUUCGGAGUGGAUGUGACGGAGAACACUCGCAAAGUUACCCAUGGAUGUAUAGUAUCUACAAUCAAACUCUUUUUACCCGAUGGCAUGGAGGCUCGGCGCCGGGCAGACGUCAUUCAAGCUCCAUUACCACUUCCUGUAGAUAAGGUUGCUGCUAAUACUCCCAGUAUGUAUUCUCAGGAACUGUUUCAGCUCUCUCAGUAUUUACAGGAGGCCUUACACCGGGAGCAGAUGCUGGAGCAGAAGCUGGCGACCCUGCAGCGCCUGCAGGCCAGCACACAGGAGGCAUCAGAGAGCAGCUGGCAGGCUUUAAUAGAUGAAGAUAGGCUGCUUUCAAGGUUAGAAGUCAUGGGAAACCAGUUGCAAGCUUAUUCAAAAAACCAAACUGAAGAUGGCAUUCGAAAGGAGUUGGUAGCAUUGCAAGAAGACAAACACAACUACGAGACAACAGCCAAAGAGUCCCUGAGGCGGGUUCUUCAGGAGAAAAUCUGAGAUAUCCCUCAAGGACCGUGCUCAAUGUCUUGUGUAUUCCAGCGAAGUCUGAGCAACACUGAGGAUGAAUGUACCCAUCUAAAGGAAAUGAAUGAGCGGACGCAGGAAGAGCUGAGCGAGCUGGCCAAUAAGUACAACGGAGCGGUCAACGAAAUCAAAGACCUUGCUGACAAGUUAAAGCAGGCGGAGGCCAGGCAGGAGGAGAUCCAGCAGAAAAGCCUGUCUGAGAAGAAGGAGCUGCAGCACAAGAUUGAAGAGAUGGGGGAAAAGGAGCAAGCACUGCAGGCACGCAUAGAGGCCUUACAGGCAGACAAUGACUUCACCAACGAGCGUCUCACUGCUUUACAAGUACGGUUAGAACAACUUCAAGAGAAAAAUAUAAAGGAACACAGCAGUUUAGGAAUCCAGGUUGAGGACAUCUUGCCUACAAUGAAUGGGAGUUCAGACAAAGACCACUUUCUUUUAAAGAGUGGAGGGGACUGCACUUUUAUCCAACAGUUCAUUGAGUGCCAGACGGUAAAGCAGCUGAAAGGCCCAGUAGAUUCCACACACAACAACAAGAUCUCCAGUUUAGAAGGUGUUGUUGAUGCUCAUCUAGAAAACAAUCAAACUGCAGAAGAAAAUAUUUUAAGUAGUCCUGAAAGACUCAAAGCCAAGCUUAUAGACGAUGGGCAUCUGAUGAAAGUAAUGGAAGAAACCAAGCUUUUGAAAGAAAGCCAAGUAGAUACAAAGGAGUCGGACAUGUCAGACACACUCAGUCCCAGCAAGGAUAAAAGCAGCGACGACACUACAGACGGACAAAUGGAUGAACAAGAGCUGAAUGAAUCUCUGGCGAAGGGUUCUCUAUUAAAAGAUGAGCUUCGCCGUGCGAACCUGGAGCCUGGGGACAGGGAGCAGGUGAUCCAGCACUUGCACAAGGAGCUGGUGGAAGCACAGGAGCUAGCCAAGAGCGGCAAACACAAGUGUUUAGAACUGCAAGCGCUGCUUGAAGAGGAGAGACGAGUGAGCAAGCAGCAGACUGAGGACUCCACCAAGCAGGUCCAACUCCUGCAAGCCCAGCUGCACAAGCUGCAGGCAGACGUGGCCACUCUGCGGGAGGAGAAGGAGGAUGACAUCAGCAGCGCUCGUGAAGAGCUGUCCCGGGCCCAGGAGGAGGUGAGAGUGAUGAGGAGAGCCAUGGAGGCAGCCACCUCGGAGCGCGAGCGGGAGAUCGCAGCUUUGCAGGAGGACCUAAGCACGGUGCGGGAGGAGCUGGAAAAGUGGCGCGCGGCUGCCUCCCAGUAUGAGGCUGAGAUAACCAGCCUGCAGGCCAGCUUUCAGCAGCAGAGUCAGCACAGGGAGAAGGCUGCCGAGCUGCAAGAUGAGCUUGAGAGGCUCCAGAAGGAGUGUGUGACUCUUCAGGGUGAGUGUGCCUCCCUUCAGAAGGAGAAGGUCCCCCUCGUGGUGAAGCUGCAGAGCCUGGAGAAGGAGCUCGACAGCUCUCGCCAGCACAGUGUGGAGCUGACCAGUACCCUGAGUGUGCUGGAGAAGACUCGCAGAGACCUGGAGAGCGAGGCGGGAGUCUUGAAGGAGAAGCACCAGCAGGAUGCCAGUGGUCUCAAGGCUCAGCUUGCAGAGGCCAGCAACCGGACCAAGGGCCUGCAGAAAGAGUUUGAAGAGACUCGGGCUCUGCUCUCAGACCUGAAGGAGAGGUAUGAGAGAACAGAGCAGGAGAAACAGGCCAUCACAGACGAGCUCCAGCAAUGCAAAGUGAAUCUGAAGCUGCUGCAGGAGAAAGGAAACCAUGGUCGCUGGAUGCCCUGGAUGCCCGUGGUGGCCGUGCUGGUUGCUGUGACCGUGGUGGUGCUGUACCCUGGCCUGUCGAGGGGCUCUCCCUGAGAGCAGCCUCCCGAGCACACCGUCCUCACCCCCCCAUGCUGCUUCCAUCGCGACACCCCGGCCGUCACCUUCCUCCAGACCUUUAAUCACAGGCACACACACUUGGCUCUGUCAGAGUGCAACAGUAGGGUCUCUCUGCUUUACCUGUAUAAAAUGUAACUGUACAUAUAUAGGGAAUAAAAAUUGUGACUUACUACUUCUAUUCUAGGUAAUACAUUAUUUGCAGUUUUUUUUUGUUUUUUUUGUUUUUUUUUGUUUUUUUGGUAUGUGUAUGUUGGGAUUCUGCAUAAUAUUGUGGUGGCAUAAACUAGCCUUUUUUGGUACCAAACUGUUCUUACAAGUUCAGGUGUGUUUUUACAGCAGGACUUGGUUGCUACAUUAGCUAAGGCAAUGUGGUCUUCUUGGUUUUUGGUAUGCAAGCCAAAAUGUCUAAUGCAGUACACAGGGCAGAAGGGAGUAAGUUACUAGACACACACUCACCCAGUACAUCCCUCAGUGAUGUGCCAUUCUUACCCUCUCAGUGGCUUGAAUGUUUCAGGGGAACAGCUUAGACACUCCUCUACAAGAAAGUACAAAUAAAGAACAAUAUAAUUUCUCUUAUUUAGUUUUCUGAGAGAAUAUGAAAUAAGAACCCUCUAUUAAAAUUGUAUAGGUGCUUUAGCUAGGGUGUAAAAUGAUCUGUACAUUUUUGUAUUGUACCUUCAAAAUUAAGACUUCUGUGCAGUUACAAAAAAAAAAAAAAAAAAAAAAAAACACUACAUAGCAGUUUGGGGUGUCAGUAUUUUUGUUAAAGGGGUCCUCUGCAGUAGCUGGUACAGGGACAGAGAAUACUGCAAUUCAGCGAUGUGCAAUCUUCUCACAUAACCUCUCCACAUCAACUCCCACCUGAUUGCUAGGCUGCUUAUAAAUGCCUGAUUGCUAAGUUAUGUUUCGAGAAGCAGUGUGACAUGCAAGGUCACCACUGUAAAGGAGGUGUUACAUCUCACUGGUUUUUUAUCCUGUAAAAAGAUAUUUAAAUAAAUAAAUAAAUACAAUCCAAA